AAAAAUAAAAAAUUUGAUAACAAAAUUUUAGAAAUCAAAGCUAGCUAGCACAUUCACUUAAAAUAUUAGUCUUGCACUGACAAUAUAUAGUUUUGUUAUAUAAUGGGUUGUUGCCAAAGUGAGAAUAGGUUAGAAGAUUUAGGAUAUAUCAAGCCUGAUAUGAUUGAUAAAAAGAUGUACAUGUAUUCUAAAUAGCCACAAGUAAUUAAUUAAAAUUUAGCUAAAAUCCAGCUUUAAAAUAUGAAUGGAGGUAGCAUAUAGAGUUAAGAUUAAGUUUAUUAAGAAAGAGUAGCAAUAAACUUUAGGUAUAGCAAAAAGUAGCUAUCAGAAAUAAGGGAAUAGGAUCCUCAUAUGGAAUCAUCACUUCAUUAUGAUGGAAGUUAAACAAAAUCAGCGAAGAGCAAUAGAAUUAAUGACUAGUUCAGUGAAGGUCCAGAUACUGGAGUAAAAGAAUAAUCUUUUUACAGAUCAUAUCAACAGCAAUUAGCAACAGUCUAGCCCUUUAUUUAUUAAGAAUAAAAGUUUUACAAUAGUCCUAAGGCAAACAAUUAAAGUCCUAGAGAAAAAAAUAAUUACAUUUUGAGUACAAUUCCUGAAGACCAGGUCUAUUAAUUAAGAAACGAAGAUAUGCUCUAUCAAAAAUAGCAAAUAAUUUAAAUUUGA